AUGGCCAGUGAGUCCGUUCCGACUCAGGCCGAUGUGGUAUGGCCGCCUUCAUCACUUCAUUUCAUCAUCGACUCCGAGGAGAUGCGUAAACUAGACGAGAAGAUUAAAAGGGAGGAGUCUGAAGCCGUAAAGGAUCACGGGAGGUUUGUGGCUAUCUUCACUGAAUUUACAGCUGCGGAGACGUGUCUUACGUGCGCGACUAUUCAUUCGAGUGCCCCGAAGGUACGAACGCUCACUUAUUACUUUUUAUUAGGAUGGGUUCUCACUGGCGAUGGGUCUUGCUGGUUCGUCCGUUCAGUCACUACUGCGUUCAGGGGCGUGAACUACGGGGGCAACUGCGCCUCCAAGCAGUCGUUUAAGUGGUUUUCAGUGGGUCAAAAGAAGGAUAUUGAGGAUAAGUGCUGUGCUCUUUGGCCCAGAAAACUCACUGUUAAGGAGGCUGGGAUCAAGGCUCGCAAGCUGCACUUGGUUCAUGGAAGCGUUUGUUUUAAUCUCAUCUUACUCUCCACUUAG